GUUUCCUUGGAUGUUUCCGUUGUCGCUUUUACUGUGACGAGUUCCUUUACCUUCCAACUGGUCUCGGCCUUGCUCGAUUAUGAUUUCGCCUUUUCCUAACCUUUGGUGAAGCCUAGUUGGGAGCUCUAACCAGGCCUGGAUGAGCCUUGGGUUUCCUGAGAAGCAGCGCGGAUUAUAGCCCCAUGAUGCUCCCUGCCGUGAUGAUGCUUGCUUGCUUUUGAUCGGAGCCACCGAAGCCUCCAUCAGCAACCAGCGCACAACUCCAAAAGGAGGGCAGUUGGGUGAUCCCAACUUUCUCUCUAUCCACUCAUUUCGCCUCCACUUCUAGUCCUCGUCUUCCUCCCCUGCUCCACCCUCUGUUUUACUACUAAAGAUCAAGUCUUGGGGUUCCUGGCGAUGCCGCAGUUCCAGCAACCGGCUUGCUGGAGGCUGGAAGCCGGCGGGCAAGUCAUGGACGUCGACACGGCCGUGAAAGAUGGGAUCUUGGGCGGCGGCGCGGUCAUUAGCGGCCUCCUGGACGGCAAAGAUGGGACCUUGGGCACCGCCAAGAAGCACGACCUCAAGGAGAUGAUCGAGGAGAUGGACUCGGCGGCGGAGGCGAACGACGUGCCGAUCGUGUUCAUCUGCCCCAUCUCACUGGAGCCGAUGGUGGAUCCCGUCACCCUGUGCACCGGCCAGACCUACGAGCGCGUCAACAUCCUCAGGUGGUUCUCCACGGGCCGCCUCACCUGUCCCACCACCAUGCAGGAUCUCUGGGACGACACCGUCACCCCCAACCGCACUCUCCACCAACUGAUCCACGCCUGGUUCUCGCAGCGCUACCUGCGUAUGAUGAAGCGAUCCAAGGACGUGGAGGGCCGCGCCAGAGAGCUCGUCCAAUGCCUCGAGAAGGUCAAGGGAGAGGCGCGAGUACAGACUCUGAAAGAACUGCACAAGAUCGUUGCCGCCCACCCCUCCUUCGAAAAGCCUGUGAUCGAUUCCGGCGUCCUCGGCAUUUUAUCUUCUCUUCUAGGCCCUUUCACCUCCCAUGCCGUCGGCUCCGAGAUCUCACUCGUCGUAGACAUGCUGAACGAGGGAACAACCAAGACGAAGAUACAAUGCGCGAGGUUCAUCGAAGUGUUGAUGGGUGCGGAGAGUUUCCGAUUCGAGAUCGUCUCAAGUCUGAGCCUUUUAGUGGGGCUGGUAAGGAUGGUGAAGGAUAAACGAGAACCCGACGGGGUUUCAGCAGGUCUUAGCUUGCUAAAGACCAUUUGCUCCCACGACCAAGUCCGCAGCUCGAUCGUGAGCAUCAGAGCAGUCGCGCAGCUUGUCGAGCGACUGCCAGACCUGAGCCCAAACAGCUUGGAAUCGGCAUUACAAAUCUUGGAUGAUCUCGCUGCCAUCCCUGAUGGUCGAUCAGCAUUGAAGGAUUGCCCCCAAACCAUUCCCAACACAGUGAGGCCUCUGAUGAAGGUGUCCGAGGCUUGUACUCGACAUGCGUUGUCGAUACUAUGGGCGGUGUGUAAGCUUGCUCCCGAGGAAUUUGUUUAUCUUGCAGUAGAGGCUGGCCUGGCAACAAGGCUGUUGCUUGUGAUACAGAGCGAUUGCCCUCCGGAGCUAAAGAAACAAGCAUCCGAUUUGCUGAAGCUCUGUAGUCUCAAUUACACUGCCACCCUUUUCAUUUCCAAGUGCAAGCUAACGAGGACGAUGCAGUGACGUGAGGAUCUGCUGCUGCACUACUCCAUUAGCGGACUGGCCUUAAUGUUAUGCACUUGGAUUGAGAUAAGAUGGUAAUGGCCUUACAAUAUGCAUUCAUCCUCCAUAUAUGAAGAAUAAUCCGUUUUUGAUGUAAUUAUUUAUGGAUGAGGAAAGAAAUCUAUAAGAGUAAUUUUGUUUCUGUGUUGGUACCUGUUCAUGUUACAGACACAGGUUCACUGGUUGAUCAAUGACAAUCUAACUUGGUUGUCAGAUUUCUAAGCUCUUUUAUAUCUUUUGAAUAAAGACCAAUUCCCGGUAGAGGCAAUGGUUGAGGUGAGCAACCCGAGAAGAGGCAUCUGGAACGAAGGAAAGCUUGUAAGUUCCAGGGUUUACUUUAUUGAGCCGAGGAAAGGGAAGAGGUUUACUGCUGCUUGGAGUUGCUUCCUUCCUUGUGGGGUGGGGGAGUGGUGAUGACCAUUGACCAGGGCAGUGAUCAAGACGCCACUUUGCUGCCAAAGGUCAUUUCUUCGAUGCUCCCCAUGUUCACCUUCAUUUAGCAGCGUCAUGAUUCCACAUGAAUCGUCCACAU